GCUGGGCUGUCUGUUGACUGUUCAGAGAGGGAGUGGGGACUUUUAGAGUUUUAGAAUCAAUAAAGUAAAACACCUCCCAGCUAAUAUAAAUUAAUCACAAAAAAAAAAAAAACAGAAUGUGAUGAAUUAUUACCCAACAAAGAUCUCACGAGCAGGAGCCAACCCCUAUCUAUCAUAACAUCACCAAUCACGAUCCCCCUUUUUCUCGAGAUUCUUACCCUUCCCACUUCAGAAAAAAAAAAAAAAAAAAAUCAGAUCAUUAAAUGGCUAAACCCAGAGAAUGUUGGAUUCCCAGAGGACACUGUUAAUUAGAGAAACCCAAAGCAAUUCCAACGUUCAUUCUCUCUCUCUCUCUCUAGAUAACUGACUGCAAAAUUGUCUGACCCACAAGCACUCUUUCACUAGAAUCUCUUAAUCUCGAAUGUUAAUAGUGCCAAACAGUAAAGAUAUCACUCUGCUUGUUUUUUCCUCUGUUUAUAAGAAUCAUGGGAACCAAAGCUGAAAAUUCUAAUCCCCCACCCCCUCCCCCUUUCACAAUAGCAUGAUUGGAGGAAUUUCUCUUUUUUUUCCCCCAUCUUUUGAAUUUAUCAAGAUUUGGUUAACGUGGGUUUUCUUUUAUAUAUUCUCUUCUUUACUUUGCUGAAGCAGUGGCAGGCAGGCAUGUUAGUCUCCUCAGCAGUCCUCAGUACCAGAUCCCACUGUCUUUGCCUCUUGGUUCUGACACAAGGUGUGAGCGAGUGAGUGAGUGAAUUUGUCAAGAGUCUAUUUCCAGUAUGAGAAGCAGGACCAGCUCUCUCCGUGCUCACCUUCUGAUGUCAAGCUUCCUAUUUUGAUCACAAACCCACUUGCAGAUUAGUUGUGCAUGUUGAAUCCUUCAACCCUUUUUCACCAUCUCCUCCAAUCCUAUCUCCUUUAUAGUUGAAAGCUUGUUUGGCAUCUGGGAAAGUGGUUUUAGGCCUCACAUGCUAAUGGCAAUGGGAAGAGAGCAAGUUGUUCUCUGUUUUUUGGCGUUGUUCUGCUCGUGGACUCCAACCAGUGGCUUGCUUUCUCCCAAAGGAGUGAACUUUGAAGUGCAAGCUUUGAUUAGCAUUAAAGAGUCACUGGUGGAUCCUCAUGGGGUUCUUGGGAACUGGGAUGGCAGUGCUGUUGAUCCAUGUAGCUGGACCAUGGUCACUUGUUCACCUGAUAGUCUAGUAAUUGGCUUAGGCACUCCAAGCCAGAAUUUGUCUGGCACACUUUCACCAAGUAUUGGGAACUUGACAAAUCUCCAGAUUGUUCUCCUACAGAAUAACAACAUUUCUGGACCAAUUCCCUCAGAGCUGGGGAAGCUCUCAAGGCUUCAUACACUUGAUCUUUCCACCAACUUCUUCACUGGUGAAAUUCCCACUUCUCUGGCUGAGCUGAAAAGCCUUCAGUACCUGAGGUUAAACAACAACAGUCUUUCUGGGGAAAUUCCAUCAUCCUUGGCUAACAUGACCCAGCUUGAAUUUCUAGACAUAUCUUAUAAUAAUUUGAGCCAUCCCGUGCCACAGAUUCUCGCUAAAACUUUCAACAUUGAAGGAAACCCUUCGAUAUGUGCAACUGGGGCUGCGGAGAACUGCUCUGAGAUGACGCCAAUGCCUCUUUCCUUCAACUUGAACAAUACACAAAAUCCUCUGCCCUCUGGGAGACCUAAAAGCCACAAAGUUGCAUUAGCCUUCGGCUCAAGUCUCGGGUGCAUCUGCCUGCUGACUCUUGGAUUUGGGUUCCUUCUCUGGUGGAGGCAAAGGCACAACCAGCAGAUAUUCUUCGACGUUGGAGAACAAAGCCAUGAAGAAGUUUGCCUGGGAAACCUGAAGAGGUUUCAAUUCAGAGAACUUCAGAUAGCAACGAACAACUUCUGCAGCAAGAACAUACUUGGAAAGGGUGGUUUUGGGAAUGUGUACAAGGGGCAUCUCCAGGAUGGGACUGUUGUAGCUGUAAAAAGGCUCAAAGAUGGGAAUGCCAUCAGUGGGGAGAUCCAAUUUCAGACCGAAGUUGAGAUGAUCAGUCUAGCAGUUCAUCGAAACCUUCUCCACCUCUAUGGCUUCUGUAUGACAACAACAGAGAGGCUUUUGGUUUAUCCAUACAUGUCCAAUGGCAGUGUAGCCUCCCGUCUCAAAGCCAAACCGGCACUGGAUUGGGGUACGAGGAAAAGAAUUGCCCUGGGAGCAGCAAGGGGCUUAUUAUACCUGCAUGAGCAGUGUGAUCCCAAGAUAAUUCACAGGGAUGUGAAGGCAGCAAAUAUACUUCUUGAUGACUACUGUGAGGCAGUAGUAGGAGAUUUUGGACUGGCAAAGCUUUUGGACCACCAGGAUUCACAUGUCACAACAGCUGUUAGGGGCACCGUAGGGCAUAUAGCUCCUGAGUACUUAUCAACCGGUCAAUCCUCUGAGAAAACAGAUGUUUUUGGGUUUGGAAUCCUUCUUCUUGAACUAAUAACUGGUCAGAGAGCUCUAGAGUUUGGGAAAUCAGCAAACCAGAAAGGAGCUAUGUUGGACUGGGUGAAGAAAAUUAAUCAGGAAAAGAAGCUUGAGAUGCUUGUGGACAAGGACCUGAAAAGCAACUAUGACAGAAUAGAGCUUGAGGAAAUGGUUCAAGUGGCACUCUUAUGUACCCAAUACCUUCCAAGUCACAGACCGAAGAUGUCUGAAGUUGUUCGAAUGCUUGAAGGAGAUGGCCUUGCAGAGAAAUGGGAAGCUUCUCAGAGAGCUGAAGCAACAAGGUGCAAAGCCAGUGAAUUCUCCUCUUCAGAGAGAUACUCUGAUCUUACUGACGACUCAUCGUUGCUUGUCCAAGCCAUGGAGCUCUCUGGACCCAGGUGAUAUCAUUGUUCUACAAUGCAAGUACAAAGAGAAGGAAGCUAUGGAUGGAAUCUGAAAGCCAAAAAACAGUGCUGAGACGAGCUUGUUUUAUAGCAUAGUAGAGCACCAUAUUGGAGCUCUAAAGGAGUGUUAAUUUCUUGACUGUACAGAAGCUGAUUUGAGGAACUGACAGAUUAGGUUGAGUGCUGCUGGCUGCAUGUAUGUCUUUUUGUUACAUGCUUUUGAGGAGGUCUCCAUCUGCGAUCUCUAGCUUGUAACAGUAAUAAUGUUCCAAGGAAUGAGUUUUUCUGGUCA